UGACACACUGUACUUUGGGCAGGGAGAAGAGUUUGUCUCAAAAAGCAUUAGGGUUAACUUAAUGAAUGUAAAAUCUCGCGUUAAGUGUCGCCAUUGCUAAAGAGGUAGGCUAGAGUAGCGGGAGUAAAUUCACUGUUUGAAAGUAGGAACGUUUUCUUAAUUGUGAUUUUUCUGAUUUCGGUAUGGAAGAGAAGAUUGGUAAGGUGGCACUGUGGUUGAAAAAAGUUUUUGGCAAUCAGCCUGUUCCAGACUAUGAAGUAGAUACUAGAACUGUAGAUAUUUUGUACCAGCUAGCAGAGCUGAAUACUGCACGGGAUAAAGACUUUUCACUUGUCAUUGAGGAUCUGAAACAGAAGACGUCAGAAUAUGCACUGGAAGCAAACUAUCUUCAGGGGCUUCUUUUGGAGAGUGCGGGGCUGUCUUUCAGCAGCUUGUCAAGCAAUGGUUGCAGUUAUUUAAACACGAUGAAGGAUAGUGCAUUAGUCCUUAAUUUAAGAGACUCUUCAGAAAGAAGAUAUUUAUAUGCAGUAGAGGAACUGGAAAAAGAAUGCUUAACCACUGAAGAGAAAAUCCAAAAACUGGACCAAGAGUUGACCAGCCUGAGAUGUGAACUGACUAAAACACUGGUACUCGAGAAAUCUUUGCAGGAAGACCUUAAAAAAACAGAAGAGCAGCAGGUGGUCGAACGAGCCAAAGCAGAAAAUCGAAUAAAAAACAUGGAAUUCCUCAGUGCCAAGUCAGAUGAUUUCAGAUUCAAGAUAAGAGUUGCAGAGGAGCAGCUGACUGCAAGUGGAUUUGAUAAGACUUUGUCCCACCAUUCACUUGUGGAUCUGUCAGAGAAACUAACAAUGUUGAGACAGGAGAUUCGUCCACUGAAAAAGCAGCUGGAGUCUUACCUUGACUUGACACCAAAUCCUUCACUGGCGAAAGUUAAGAUAGAGGAAGCCAAAAGGGAACUGGAAGCUUUAGGCACCUCAGCUGUUUUGAUUCAGCUAGAGUACUAUGAUUUUGUGACUGCAAGAAUUGAUAUGACACUAGAAUAUUGA